CCCAGAACUCGACCCUUCACAACUUCCCGACACGGAAACAAAAUCCACACUUUACCUCAAGCGCUCCCACGACCUUUCUGCUCUACCGUUUCUGCUCGUAACGCUCGACACCAAUGCCCAUCUGCAUUGAAUGCCGCUACCCCGUCAAAACGCUCUACACCGAAUACAGCAAAGCCGAUGACCGCUCGCUGGGCAAAGGCGUGCGGUUGACACAGUGCCCGCGUUGCAAACGGUUUGCAGAUAAAUACGUCGAGCAUGAUUUUGUCGUGCUUUUCAUCGAUUUGGUGUUGAUAAAGCCGCAGGUAUAUAGGCAUUUACUGUUCAAUAGGCUAGGGCGGGAUGAUGAUAAAUUCGAUCGUUCGAUCGUACGACUGGGGAUCCUACUCCUCCUCUUCGACGUCUACCUCACGUGGGCGCGCAUCGAGAAGCUCUCCCUCCCACUCAUCGCGCCUCACCGCUCCUCACACGCGUCCCCAUCCAACGCGACCGCUGGCUCACCCUCCGCCGUCCGAGCGCAGGAAGUGGCCACGAACGCUGCGCGCCUCCAAGCGCAACCGCUCAUACUCCAAUAUUUAUUUUUCCUCCUGCUAGUUACUAGCAGUACGCUUUCGUUCCACAUGCCGAUCCGACUGCUGUGCUCUAUAAAUCCAGAUCGCGCCGUUCCUGCCGGUCUCCCACGAAAGGUCUGGAAGACCCUAAUACCACACUACCCGCAUCCGACGCCUCUCAGCACAGCGCUGCUCGUAUCAUCAUGCACGAAGCUAUUCCCUAUACUGCUCAUAAUAUGGGAUUAUGAUCUACCGAGUUCUGCAACAGCGGUGAGCUGGGCGGUCAUUGUGAAUAAUGUGGCGGCGCUGGAGAUAUUGAUGGACUCUGGAUAUUUGAGAGCCGGGGUGUUGGUUGGGGUGGGCGCGGGAUUGAGAAGCCUUGUAGCGAGUUUCGUUCUGAAGAGCGUUGGGCUCGGGACGGGCACUGGGGAGUGGCAUUCUCUAAUAGGAGUUUGGAGAGAGCUUGAAGGGUGGGUGGGCAGUGUGCUUUGGAGGCCGUAACAAACGGCUUGCUAGAUACCCAUUAUAACAUUUGACG